CGACUUUUGCCGGUCAUCUCUGCCUACGGUAACAUGACUUGACUACAACGCGCCCUGCUGCGCCACACCGUCUCGUCGCUCAAACACGCGCCAUCACCGUCUUCGUUUCUCGUAGCUCCUCCGGCCCUUCUGCCCUCUCUCUGAGUCUGGCUCUCGUUCCCUGGCGCGUUUGACAAUGGCAGCAGCCAUGGACGUCGUGCGUGCGCCUACGCUACGGCUUCACGCUUUUGAGGGUACAGUGCACCCGACGCGCCAGGACACGUGUCAUAUGAAUAUUCAGAGCCGACCGACCUCCGGCUCGAUUCACAGCAGAUCGGCUGUAGCUUCUCCCCACACGCUAAGCGCUGCUUCGUCAGCUGGUCGGAGGGUCGCCGCGUCGCGCUUCUUCCAUCCGUUUAAUCCGGUUAUGGGAGCGGCAGAUACGACAGGCGUGGCCUCGGCGGCGUCGAUGAGGAAUGCUUUGAUGUGCUGCCAUCCACGUCAGCGUGCACGUCAUCAGGGCUUCGGCAGAUCGGCGGCGUACGGAGUGUCCAGCUCCGCACUCUCGAUCGGUCGACCGGCCGAAAAUCCCCUGACGGGUCGGAGCGGAUAUCGAUCCCGGACCGACGAAUGCAGCAGUUGUGCGACUGGUCGUUGGUCAUCGGUCUGUUGGGCGACCGCGGCCAGGAUCUGGAGCAGGAGCAGGACGAGGGUUAGGCAGCCCGUCGGCUUGCGCGAGUUAUCCGGCACCUCGAUGGGCCGAGGAGAAGUAGCGAACGGCGCGAGGUGGAGCGCAACCUGGGUGGAAAACAGUGCCUCCGUGAAGACGUCAGUGCCAGUUACUUUGGCGUGGGAUAUAUGGAUGGAUCGGGAGAAGAUCCCGGAGUUCAUGCCUUGGAUCUCUUCAGUGAAGGUAGAUAAGGACAGACCAGGAGACACAAGAUGGAUUCUGAACUGGAGUGCUUUCGGUCAAGACUUGAAGUUCUCAUGGCUUGCGCGUGAUCUGCAGCCAAUCCUUCAUCAGAAGAUGCAUUGGCGCUCUGUGGAUGGCCUUCCUAACAGAGGCAUUCUUCGUUUCUUUCCACGAGGUCCAAGUGCAUGUGAUAUUGAGCUCACAAUCGCAUACGAAGUUCCUCAAGUUCUGCUUCCCUUUGCACAGGUAUACUCCUGUCUCUUAUACACAUCUAGAUGUGUAUAAGAGACAGGUGAGGGGGUCUGUAUGUGGUUCAAGGGCUUGCUGAUCAACGCCUCGCAGUUUCAACUG